AUGCGAAUUAUUAUGGGUGCUGCACAAGGCUGUAUAUGGCCAACACUUUUUCGUCUCAACUCGUUCUGGGUACCAGCUCAAGAACGAACAGUUUUAUUUUCAUUUCCAAGGACUGGACCGUCGAUUGGUACAAUUAUUUCGAUGAUUAUCGGAGGAUUAUUUUGUUCAAUUAAUUUAAAUAAUUAUGUUCCCUUUCUAUUUCGAUAUGGAUGGUCAUAUUUCUAUUAUGCGCUAGGUGUACCUGGUAUCAUAUGGUCAAUUGCCUGGUACAUAUUAUCUAGUGAUGCACCAGAAACAAAUAAGUUUAUGUCGAAAAAAGAAAAAGAUUAUAUUCAAAUGUGUAAAAAUGAUGAAUGUUUACAAGAUAAAAAAACAAAAACUCCAUGGUUAUCAAUAUUUCGCUCAAAAGCAUUUUGGGCAACAAUGAUCGGACAAUUUUUUACCGAUUGUGGUGGUUAUGCAUUAUGGAACGUUGUACCAGAAUACAUGAAUGAAGUCUUAUUUUUCCCUAUUAAACAAAAUGGGAUCUAUUCUGCUUUACCACACUUGGUGAAAGCCGCUGUCGUGUUUGCCACUAGCCGACUGGCUGAUCAAAUUAUAAAUAAGAAUUGGUUGAAACGUGCCAAUACAAGAAAAAUGUUUCAGUUAAUAGGAACAUUAUCUGUAGCAGUGUGUUUACUUAUGAUAUCAACACUCGAUUGUCAACGGCGUUAUUUGGCUGUUAUACUAUUGAUUGUUGGGGUUGGAAUUAGUGGUCAUGGUGUAAAUAUUGCCGAUUAUUCUGGCAUUCAUUCAGCAAUUGUAUUUGGACUGGUUAAUACUGUAUCUCAUGGUGCCUUAUUAACUGCUCUAUUUUGUUUUGUAGCAAGCAUUGCUGGAUUUGGUAUUCCAUAUUUGACAAGUUAUAUAACUCGAGAUAAAACCUACGCCCAAUGGCGUAUAGCCUUUAUACUUUAUGCUUGUUGCUAUUUAAUAUCGGGAUUGAGUUUUGCUCUGUUGGCUAAGGGCGAAACACAACCCUGGGCAAAGAACACAGAUGACAACAAAAAAUGA